GCAGAGGGUGGUCUAUAGCAAGAGGCAACGGUGAGAGACUUGUUUCUGGAAAGGUGCAUUUUUAGAAGUAGAAGCUUGAUUAGUUUUGGUACAGACCUGGAUAGUAAGAUAGAACUCUGCAGGCUAUCUCUGCAGUAGAUUGCAACACCGCCCCCUUUGACCGCCCCCUUUGUGAAAAAUGGUAUAGUUAGGGAUGGAAAUUUCAGGGUUUUUGGUGGUUUUCCUAAGCCAGGAUUCAGACACGGCUAAGACAUCCGGGUUGGCAGAAUGUGCUAAAGCAGUGAAUAAAGCAAACUUAGGGAGUAGGCUUCUAAUGUUAACAUGCAUGAAACCAAGGCUUUUACGGUUACAGAAGUCAACAAAUGAAAGCACCUGGGGAGUAGUAGUGGAGCUAGGUACUGCAGGUCCUGGAUUAACCUCUACAUCACCUGAGGAACAGAGGAGAAGUAGGAUAAGGGUACGUCUAAAGGCUAUAAGAACUGGCCGUCUAGCACGUUCGGAACAGAGGGUAAAGGGAGCAGGUUUCUGGGCACGAUAGCAUAGAUUCAAGGCAUAAUGUACAGACAAAGGUAUGGUUGGAAGAGAGUACAUUGGAGGUUAACCUAGGCAUUGAGUGAUGAAGAGAGAGCUAUAGUCUCUCGAGACGUUUAAACCAGGUGAUGUCAUCACAUAUGUGGGAGGUGGAACAACAUGGUUGGUUAAGGCAUAUUGAGCAGGGCUAUAGGCUCUACAGUGAAAUAAGACAGUAAUCACUAACCAGGACAGUAAUGGACAAGGCAUAUUGAUAUUAGGGAGAGGCAUGCGUAGCCAAGUGAUCGUAUGGGUCAAGUAAGUGGUUGGGCUGGCUGGGGACACGGUGAUUCAGACAGUUAGCAGGCCGGUGCUAGCAAGCAGGCCGGGGCUAGCAAGUUCGCAUAAGAGCCUUAGAGGCGAUGGGGAAAAGUCUGUUUUUGCCUCCUCGUGCGGUGACGUCGAUAGACCAGUCGUGGAAUUAGUAGGGUUUCAAGUAGCAGAGGGGUCUAAGUCCAAUUGGCAAAAUGGGUAUAGUUGUCCAAGAAACUGGCCGGUGGAUCAGCUAACAGUUCAAUAUGCCAUAGAUAACUAGCAGGCAGCGGUUAGCAGAAGUCGACAUUAGAAUGCAGUUUACUUUAAACCACCUCUGAGCGAAUUUACCUAAACAGCUCUAGUGCACCUAAAGUCCUUUUCCAAUGCUUUGCCGACUUAAUAUACGUUCUAGCACUUUAAUAUAUAUUUUAUGGAAAAUGGGUGUCUCCUUAACGAUCAAACUAAAUAGCCUACCUACAAAUGGUAAAAGGUUGUCACUAACACAUUUAUUUAUAAAGUCCUUUUUACAUUAGUAGGUCACGAAGUGCUAUACUGAAAACCAGCCUAAAAUCCCAAACAGCAAAGCAAUGUACGGCUUGUGCUGCUGUCUCAGUAACUCAGCUGCCUCUCAAUCAGUGCUCUCAACAUGCACACACACCUCUCCCUCCCCAGCAUUCAGUCACCUACUCACUGCCUGAUAGUCAGCAUCAGCAGGUCACAGAGAAUAUGUUUUUUUAUUUAUUUUUAAAGAGAAAUGCCAAGGCGGCUGCAGUGCAAUUUAGAAGUAGCCCAAAAACCCGCUACCAAAACACUUUCACCCGCGACACCGUUUUCAAAGUACCUCAAGUCAUAAAACCGCCUACAUGGCAACCCUGGGCGUCAAUGGGACGCGCGGUGCAUUCUGGACAACAUUAGCAUGAAUUUCGUGAACAAGAUGUACAACAUCACACAUAUUUUCACUGUAAUAUGCUAUUGUGACAUUACGUACUUAAGAGGAAAAUAGGCAGAUGUCUCGACUCAUAACUCGUUCAGAUGGUAGUCGAAACAAAUGAGCAAUUCGGAAAUUUCUGAGUUUCUUUGGUCCGCCUAGCACGUUAACGCAGCAUCAUACACUGCCUUUGGGAAGGUGUUGCGUGACGAUAAUUUGGCAACCUUGUGACGCACCAUGACAACCGGAACGCGAUUGGUCGACAGUCUUCAGGGUGGAGCGUUAUACGCAUUGAAUUAGGAUAGGAAUUAGAAUACUAGAAUAAGUUAUACGUUCCUCCAUUCAUUGCCCAAUGGGAUUUCCUUCUCCUUUCUCUAAUAUCGCGGGUUCUAUUCGACCAGAAAAGUGAGCCUGUAAUGCUCCUGUCCAAUUAAAAUAAGAUACUAUUCUUACACGUUAGUCAUGAUUGGUUGCUGGCGGUGAUAUAUGUAUAGAUGUGCAUUUUCUGCUGAACUAUGGGGCGGGACGAAGCAGAAUGGUGUUUAUUCAGGAAUAGACUAUAGACGUGCCUCUUCGUACUGAUUGAUUACCUUAAACACCAGAAAAGUUUCCAUUAAACGAAGAAUACGUUCACCAGGUAACGUUACCAAACCUUUAGAGAAUUCUUGAACUGGCUUCAAGUUUCAGUCCCGAUACCCAGCAAAGUAAAGAAGGGCGAUAUGCCACAUCAGACUACAACCCCCAAAGGUUUAUUACCUCCACCAACUGGACGGGGUUAACAAACCAAGUGAUGGAGCCCAUGGCUGUGAGCAUCUCAGUGGUCGGGCCGGAUGAGUUCAACCGCAACAUGCCGCGCAUCUGUGGCGUCUGCGGCGACAAGGCCACCGGCUUCCACUUCAACGCCAUGACCUGCGAGGGCUGCAAGGGCUUCUUCAGACGCAGCAUGAAACGUAAGGCCAGUUUCACCUGCCCCUUCAACGGCAGCUGCUCCAUCACCAAGGAUAACCGGCGCCACUGCCAGGCCUGCCGGCUCAAAUGCUGCGUGGACAUGGGUAUGAUGAAGGAGUUCAUCCUGACAGAUGAGGAGGUGCAGAGGAAGAAGGAUCUGAUCCAGAAGAGGAAGGAGGAGGAGGCGGCGCGGGAGGCCCUGAGACCAAGGCUGAAUGACGAGCAGAGCCAGGUCAUCACAUCAUUGGUGGAGGCACACCACAAGACCUACGAUAACUCCUACUCCGACUUCACACGCUUCAGGCCCCCGGUGCGAGACAGGCCAGUAACACGCAGUGCCAGUCGUGCAGCCUCCCUUCACUCGCUGUCAGAUGCCUCCUCAGACUCCUUCAACCACUCACCAGAGUCGGUGGACACCAAGCUGAUGAAAUUCAGCAGUCUGUUGAUGAUGUACCAGGACAGUGCAGGCAGCCCGGACUCCAGUGAGGACGAUGGCUCCAAGCUCUCCAUGUUACCCCACCUGGCUGACCUGGUCAGUUACAGCAUCCAGAAGGUCAUUGGCUUUGCUAAGAUGAUCCCUGGCUUCAGAGGGCUGAUUGCUGAGGACCAGAUCGCCCUGCUCAAGUCAAGUGCCAUCGAGAUCAUUAUGCUACGCUCCAACCAGUCUUUCAACAUGGAGGAUAUGUCCUGGAGCUGUGGUGGUAGCCCUGACUUCAAGUACUGCAUCACCGACGUCACCAAGGCGGGUCACACUCUGGACCUGUUGGAGCCGCUAGUGAAGUUCCAGGUGGGCCUGAAGAAACUCCAGCUCCAUGAGGAGGAACACGUGCUGCUCAUGGCCAUCUGCCUGCUGUCUCCAGAUCGUCCAGGGGUGCAGGACCACGCUAAGAUCGAGGAUCUCCAAGACAGUCUGUCGGAGGUGCUCCAGGCUUACAUCAGGGUGAACCACCCGGGAGGACGCCUGCUCUACGCCAGAAUGAUCCAGAAGCUGGCCGACCUGCGCAGCCUCAACGAGGAGCACUCCAAACAGUACCGCUCACUGUCCUUCCAGCCCGAGCACAGCAUGCAGCUCACCCCGCUGGUGCUGGAGGUAUUUGGGAGAGAGGUGUCCUAGCAGCCACGCCGACCCCCACCACCACACCUCUGGUUGGAAGAUAUGGACAGACGAUCCCUCCCAUGAGGACCCCCGGGAGUUAAUUUGUUGAGUUUCUGGAUAGAGGGCUCAGCGAUGGGGUUGAUGAAAAGGUCUCUGAGGGGGAAUAGCGGAAUGGACCGGAAAGUCACACUGUCACAGAAAAGGUUUUGGGGGGUUAAUCAGGGUAUUAUGGGUAAAUAGCGGAGGAAGGGGCUUGGAUAAGGUUGUAAUUUCCCGUUCAUAAGAAAAAGGGAAUUUCAAACAGAAUGUAUUUAUAACUAAACUAUAAAUAUACAGUACCAGUCAAAAGUUUGGAUACACCUAUUCAUUCAAGGGUUUUUCUUUAUUUUUACUAUUUUCUACAUUGUAAAACAAUAGUGAAUACAUCAAAACCAUGAAAUAACACACAUGGAAUCAUGUACUAACCAAAAUAAUGUUAAAUAAAUAAAAACGUCUAUUUUAUUCUUUAGAUUCUUCCAAGUAUUCGGGUGACCCUUUGCCUUGAUGAUAGCUUUGCACCAUCUUGGCAUUCUCUCAACCAGCGUCACCUGGAAUGCUUUUCCAGCAGUCUUGAAAGAGUUCCCACAUAUGCUGAGCACUUGUUGACUGCUUUUCCUUCACUCUGCGGUUCAACUCAUCCCUAACCAUCUCAAUUGAUUUGAGGUCGGGUGAUCUGAUCCAGCAUUCAUUAUUCUCCUUGGUCAAAUAGCCCUUACACAGCCUGGAGGUGUGUUGGGUCAUUGUCCUGUUGAAAAACAAAUGAUAGUGCUAUUAAAUGCAAACCAGAUGGGAUGGCGUAUCGCUGCAGAAUGCUGUGGUAGCCAUGCUGGUUAAGUGUGUCUUGAAAUCUAAAUAUAUUAUGACAGUGUCACUAGCAAAAGACCCCCACUCUAUCACACCUCCUCCUCCAUGCUUCAUGGUGGGAACUACACAUGCGGAGAUCAUCCGUUCACCUACUCUGCGUCUCACAAAGACACGGCGGGUUGGAACCAAAAAUCUCAAAUGUGGACUUAUCAGAUCAAAGGACAGAUUUCCGGUGUAUGUAAAUGUAUGUCCAUUGCUCAUGUUUCUUGGCCCAAGCAAGUCUCUUCUUCUUUUAGGUGUCCUUUAGUAGUGGUUUCGUUGCAGAAAUUCGACCAUGAAGGCCUGAUUCACACAGUCUCCUCUGAACAGUUGAUGUUGAGAUGUGUCUUACUUGAACUCUGUGAAGCAUUUAUUUGGGAUGCAAAUUUAAGGUACAGUUAACUCUUAUGAACUUAUCCUCUGCAGCAGAAGGAAACUCUUCCUUUCUUGUGGCGGUUCUCAUGAGACAGUUUCAUCAUAGCGCUUGAUGGUUUUUGCGACUGCGCUUGAAGAAACUUUAAAAGUUUUUAAUGUUUUGGAUUGACUGACCUUCAUGUCUUAAAGUAAUGAUGGACUAUUGUUUCUCUUUGUUAUUUGAUCUUUUCUUGCCAUAAUAUGGACUUAGCCCUAUUUGGUAAAAGACCAUCUUCUGUACCACCCCUACCCCCUCACAACACAGCUGAUUGGCUCAAACGCAUUAAGAAGGAAAGGAAUUUCACAAAUGUACUUUUAACAAGGCACACCUGUUAAUUGAAAUGCAUUUCAGGUGACUACCUCAUGAAACUGGUUGAGAGAGAGAAUGGCCACUUUGAAGAAUCUCAAAUACAAUUGUUUUAUUUUUUGAUACACUUUUUUGGUUACUACAUGAUUCAAUAUGUGUUUACUACAUGAUUCCAUAUGUGUUAUUUCAAUGGUUUUGAUGCCUUCACUAUUAUUCAACCAUGUAGAAAAUAGUAAAACAAAGAAACAUUUGAAUGAGUAGGUGUGUUCAAACCUUUGACUGGUACUGCGUAUACAUACAUACAAGCUAAUAUCUAUAUUUAAGCUUGUUUCUACUAAAACAAAUGGAUGAGUAGUCCUCUGUAUAUAUGUAGGCCCCAAUUUGUGUGCAUAUGAAUGUGUGUAUGUAUUGACGUAGGGUGUUUCAAUUGCACGCACACACAAAUACACCCCGAGUAGAGUGCAAGGGGCCUAUUUUAUUUUUGUUUCUGUGUGAGAAUAGUGAAUGACCACAAAAGGGUGUUGAGUACUGGCUCCGACGAAGUGUUUAGUAGUGGGACUGACAUCUGUUUAAGGCUCCAUUAAUGUAUUGUGGAAAGUGUCGGCUACACACAGGAUAUAUGUGGAUCAUUUGGUAACAAUUUGGUUCUGUUGCCCCCUUUCAAACUUCAAAAUAUACACAU